ACUAUAUAAGUUCGUGUUAUAGAAAUCAAAAUUGACUUUAAUAGUUUUAAAGUCUUUCUUUUUUAAAUCUGUAUUCAUGUUCGUGUAUACACUUUGUGACUCAACUUUGACUUCAUAGACGUACAUCGCAUAUCUUAUCAGGCUUGCGCCAAAGAUAAUUGUAUUCAUGGUUAUAUAUACAUUUGUGGUCAGAGUCUGAUUAGUUAUUCUGUCAAAGUUUAUACUAAACCAAGCAUCUCAUCAUGGGCGUUUUUAGUUUGGUGUAUUUGUUUUGUUUUUGUUUUCUCGUUGAAUUACUUGAUGCUCAAUUCGAUGGACAGGCUUCAUGUGCAUGGGGCAAAAGUAGAUCUAAACGUUCGCCUACGACAUGGUUUUCCAGUUCAUCUGUUAACGAGAAAAAUGUUCAUUUCCUGUUUUACAACAAAGACCGAAUUUUGUAUGAUACACCGUAUCCAACUCAACUAUUUAUAGACGAUGAAUCGUCUUUGCAGAAAGGUGACUUUGACGUGAAAAAACCGACGAAUAUUUUCAUUCAUGGUUACAAAAGUCAUUACAAUAAAUCUGCAAGUCGCCUUGUUCGCGACGGUUUCCUAAAACGUGGGGAUUUUAACGUGAUCGUCAUCGACUGGAGCGCAAAUCAACAUGGUGUAUUAAACGUCUUAUUAGCAUACGACGCAGUUGUAAUAAAGUUAGAUGCAGUUGCAGAGCUCGUCAGCAGAUUUCUACAGUUUUUGGAGAGAUACGGAGUAGAUUUGAGCACCACGACGAUAGUCGGUCAUUCACUUGGUGCUCAUAUCGCUGGCCUAGCAAGUCACAAAGCUGGCAGUAAAGUCGGACGAAUUGUCGGAUUGGAUCCUGCCAAACCUUUAUUAUCAAAGAAAUCGAUCGACGAGCGUCUAUCGAAAGACGAUGCCAAACAAGUCGAAGUCAUUCAUACAGAAAUUGAUCAAUGUGGUCUAAAAAAUCAAAUGGGUCAUUACGAUUUCUACCCUAACAGCGGACGACUGCAACCUGGUUGCUCAACUUACCAUUGUUCGCACGCACGAUCUUAUCGUUACUUUGCCGAAUCUCUGGAUCCUCAAUCUAAAGGUUUUUAUGGCAAAUUGUGUGAAGAUUGGUGGGCAAUGCAGGAAGGCAAUUGUACUGGAGAAAUAGCUGUUAUGGGUGGAUUACAUACUAAGACUACGCCUCACGGACUUUACUAUGUACAAGUUAACGCAGAUGCACCCUAUUCUCAAGGUCGAUCAUAAAUUAGAUACGUCUUAUCGUUUUGUUGGUAUAGUAUUAGCAUAAGUUCUAAAUUGACCUUGAUAUAAUGAUUUAUCGUAAUACAUAAAUUACGUUUAUCGUUGGAUAAAUAGAUAAUUUUUGUAGAAACCAAUUGGGGUUUCCUCCGUGACGAAUAAGAUAUGUGAAACUCACUAUUUUCUACGUUGAGUAUGUCUAAGAUCGAUUAAACUAUAAUCUUCCGCUCGUUCAAUUUUUGACUGACAGACAAUUGUUCACCAACAAGAUUCCGACGCAACAAUCAAGGCCAUUUAAGCAGAAAACAAGUACCUUGUGGAAACAGGCACAGAUUGGCUUAUUCAUCUGAGUCGCGUGAAACUUCUUCACUUUCACGCGUUCCUCUCUCUCUCUCUCUCUGGGCUUUUCCUGCACUCUCCACGAGAGCUGCUCUCCAAAUUAACUUUGAGCAUUACAAAUGUUGGAGCGUGCCACAAGAGAAGCUAACACCUUGUUAGCUUGACAAAUUCCUGUUCAUCUCUCUUGACCAUCUUUCGCUUACAUUUUCCUACAGGUGCAACCAACACUGUUAUAAAGGAGUGCCACAAAAGUUUUUAAGUUUUUGUAAUCAAGUUUGAACUUAUUUUUAUACUUAUAAUAUAAUUGAACGGUUCGUAAAGAAAAUCCCAGAUUCAGAAAAAAAUGGAAAUGGUAGAUAUGUAAAAUAGUUGAAUAGAAGUGGAACGAAGGGUCAAUUAACAAGACAGGUUCUCAAAUUUCCGAAUCACACAUAUGCUAACACACAUAGUCGAAGCCCAUGACGUAAAAGAGAAAUAUAAUAGAAGUUGUGGUGUAUAUAUAUAUAUAUAUAUAUAGCAUUACGAAGAGGAGAGUAGAGAGCUAACGUGUCUUUCGCUUUCUAACUCGAUCUGCCUUCCAUCUAGUCAGCUAAUAAACCUUGCAAGCGAAUAUUCGCGAGUGAGUCGAGUAAUAUAACAGGGACACAUGCGAUGGCGUUUCGUCAUCGUUGACGACGAUUCUAUUAAAUUGUCAUUUUAUAAUCAAGUUUCAAGCCCUCUGUUCAUUCUUAUUGAAUUUGACAAUUCUUGCGAUCUAAAAUUUUUCUAAUACCUGCUGCCUCUCUUUCGAUAUGACAAAAAUACUAAGCAUUGUUUCGUCCAUUCGAGGGAAAAUUGCCGUCAAUCGAGUAAAUUCGGCGCUUUGUUUCACUUGACUCUUGAAGAACAAGGGCGAGCGAGCGAAUCGCCCGAUGAAGUCUCGAGCGGCUUAAUGGAAUUGGACAGUCGAGGAGUGCCAAUAACCGGCGCGCGAGCUUGUCGGCCGCGUUUAAUUGCGUUAGUAUUUCAUCGCAUUCAGCCCUCGGCAGUACUCUUACUCUCUCUCUCUCUCUCUCUCUCUCUCUCUCUCUCUCUCUCUCUCUCUCUCUCUCUCUCUCGUUCUAUUCUGGAAAUUUUAUGUUUGCCGCCUCGACGGAAAAUCGAAGUAAUUACAGAUUCUUGGCUUCGUUUAGCAAAUGUGUCAACGUCCACUGCUUGUCUCCCUCUCACUCACUCUAGUUAGCUCUUCGAAGUGGAAUAAAUCGUUGUACAGGUUUGUUUCUAUUUGGAAAAUAAUAAUAUUCCUGAUGAUCAUUCUAACAAUUUUAAAUUCGUUUUGAAAUGAUUGUGCAAAAAUAAAUAGUUGCUUAAACAUUUAGAAACCAUUGAACCAAUAUUUUGAGGCCAAUAUUUCACGCUUCUUUACCUUUCCUUUCUGCCAAAAUCAUCUUAGCUAAACGCACAGGGAUGGUAACAAAACUUGAAGAGGGUGACUUCACCGCCACUCAUUCUCCCUUCGCGCUUCGAUGCUUCGAGCGCGUUUUAUGAAGGGGGUUCACCGCGGAAAGUGUUUCCCGAGCUCAAAAGAGGGCAACUCGGCACUUGCUCAUUUCAUUAGCUCUAUGUUAAUUAUAACGCGGUGCACGGCUUGCGCUUAAAGUAUGUAACGCGAGCCUGAUUUUCGGGGUGAAUUUUUAAGUUUUCUUUUUAUAUAUUCUCACUCAGUGUAUCUUUUAGUUGGACAAUUGUUCUUAGUUUGUAACUACUUUUGUUUAUUUUGAUGUUUUGCGUGUAUGGUAUCUCGAAAAAAUAGAAUGGACGCAUGUUGUAUGCAUGCGAUGAAAAACUGGUUUAUUUGAGGAAUGGUCAAGCAAGACAGUCCAGCAACGUGUCUCUUUUGACCAGUAUUCUAGAACUCAUGUUGUAAAAACAGAAGAAAGGAUACUAGAACUGCUGCUCUCUAACUUGGAUGUGUGAAUUUUUCUUUGCUUAACGUGUUUUGAUGGAACUAGCUUGAUUUGAAUGAUUACUUUCCGUUUGGUCUAUAAACUUAAACUUCAUUUUAAAUGAUUAUUCGUUGAGCAAUUUAUAAGAUUGUAUUGGAAACUAUUA